AAUAUCCGUUCGCGAUAACGCGGUCAUAAGUAUAAAUUGUUGCAGUUAAUAUCCGCGCUUCGGAGUGUAACUAUAAAUUCGAUAUUGACAGUCUUAAAUUAUGUGCAUAUCUUCGAAUGUUAUCUUUGUAAAUAAGGGGAAUCUUGUUUAUUCUGUCCCGUUCGUAUUUCCCUUUAAUCUCAUAGAGCAAAAAGACACACGGGUGCAGAAGCGAAAGUAGCGUAUCUCACGUCGACUAAAUGGUGCGUACAGCUUAUCGAGCUAUUCAGUGGCUUCUUUUCAGCCGUGGUUCACAGCCGCACGUAAUUAGCCAUAAACAUUUAAGCGUUCGAAAAUAGCGACCCUCAGUACUGCUCGGUAUCUAGCAUACGCCGAGCCUAUGCUUCUCGCUUGUUUCUUAAUUUUUGAACAAAUAUUUCGGAUUGGACGGUGCUGCUAUCUAUUCAACUGUCAAAUUUUGGAAUCUCCAUCGGUGUGUCAGCGUUUACGUUGGUAUUUGUACGCGUAUGGCGGUAGUCCGUCGGUAUUUCUACUUGCACCGUAAUUUCUAACAAGUUUUUAUACAUGGAAAAUCCAAGACGCCUGUUUAACCGAUCCUGGAAAGUCGAACGAGACGGCGUCGUUAUGAUCGAAGUGAAGGAGUUAAUUAAUCGCUGAGAAUCAAGUAAAACCGUCCGUACCUCGACCGCCGUCUAUUGGUUAGGAAGAAGGCUAUGAGAGAUUUUGGCGUAGCGGGUUUUAAAUAAAUUACACAAAAAUGGCGAGCAAAUUACCACAAGAAUUCAGGAGGUACCACCGCACCCGUAAUCAACUGAAACAUAUUCUAAAGGAGACCGAACAGGCACUGGAACUGAUUAACAAUGAGAACUUUUUUCCCGGAGAAAAUGUAGUGAAGGAGUUGUUGCCUGAGUUAACUUUAGAUAACAUCAAACAUAUAUUAACGAACUCACCUGCUGUCGUUGUUUUUGGGCAAGACAGUAGAUCGAAGGCAACUUUAGUCAAUAGUUUACUUUCUACAGAUAUUUUACCGGUGACCAAUGGACUGUGGCGAUGGAUAAAGAUAACUCACGACGUGAUAAAGUAUAUUAGUCUUACCUUAGGUCUAGAGUACGAAGUAGUAGAUAGUUUAAAAGCCACGGACGAGCCUUGGAACACUCUCAACGCGGAAGAUCUAACAAGGUCUGGCACGGAAGACAUAAAUUGUCCGACGGUGCUCGACGUCAAGCUAGAUUUACCUGUGUUGAAGGAUGGAGUUCAACUAUUCGUUGCUCCAAAUAACGGAGCGGUUCAGGUUCUUGCCAAAGGACUGUUAAACGUACUACCCAUAUUUUUAUACGCCCUGGGAGAGCAUCCCCUUACGGAACAAAACAUGGAAGAGUUGAGAGAUUUGAAGGAAACAUAUCCGUUUAAUCCCGUUCUUUUUGUAUCGUCGUUGGGAAACAUUACGUUGAACAGCAUCGACGCUGAAUUGACUGAAUCCGAACAACAUAGACUGCAGUAUCGUUUGAAUCUGAUCGAUUCGACGAGUAAAAUCGAUAGCGACGACGGUAUCGAUUUUGACAAAAUGAAUUCGCUGGGGAUAACGUGGCUGGAGCAGCUGACCAACUUGGGCUUCCUCGGCAUGGAGGAGUCCGUCGAGGUCGAGCAGCUGUCCUGGCUCGGUGGCGGACAAUACGUCUGCGGCAGCGACCUGGUGGAUUCAUGCAAGAAGACCGACAGAAUUUUAUACUUUGUACGAGCGUGUCUGCAAACUUAUCUCAUCAAAGCGGGCACCUACUUGAACGAAGUGCACACGACCAGCUUGCGAAAAUUCAUUCUAGGCGCCUUCGACAUGGCCCGUACGAUCCAAAUCACCCCGAGGCGAAUACAGUACGCGCAGAUGAAGGAAAAUAAACUGUACGCGAACCUGAUGAAAUUGGUCAAUGAAAAACAGGAAGAACUAACCGGAAUGAUACAGAAAAUCAUACAAGAGAUGAAAGACGACGUUCUAUCGUCCGAAGACGACAUUUACCCCUACCCUAGCGUCCCCUGCGACAACACAGAGCGCGCGGAAUGGUCCGCGACCGUCCGAGCAGCGAUCGCUGAAGUUCAGAGGGUGGUGCUCGGAUGGUUGGGCGAGAGGGUAGCCCACGAACUCGUCAAUUCGGUCAAUUGUCUAAGGGAAACGUUCGUAGGGACUUUGCAAAGGUGUCUUUUGAGUCUCGAGAAGACCUACGAACGAGACUCUUGUCCUCUAGCCAGCGACGCUCUGAAACAGAUCCUCUCGGCCGCGUACAACGUCGAGUUGCAUAAUUCCUCUCCGUCCUUGAUGCACUCGUUCCUCGAAAGAUUGAGGCAGCUGUUCAAGUCGUUACCCAUGCCAUGGUCGCCGACCCCGACCCUAGACGCCGCAUGGAGGAAGAAGGUGACCAUCGACAUUCUGAAUUCCCUGUCGGCGGCUAGAUUAGCCAGGACAAUAUCUAUGCAGUUCAGAGACAAACUGAAGGCGUCCCACGACUCGUUCCAAGCGGCUCUUCGGUCGUUGGAUAAUUAUUAUUCGGGAAAAUUGGAGAGGACGGAGGAGCAGAGGAUAGCCAUCAGGAAAUUCCAUGCUCCUAAGUUAGCGAAACUGGCGCUGGAGUCGACGUCGAUGAUAGACGCUGUUCGCUAUGGGAUGCCCCAUUGCGGGAAGGAGAUCGGCAGGGGACAGUACGGGGUUGUCUUUGCUUGCGACGGCUGGGGUGGGGCGCCGGGUCCUUGCGCGGUUAAAUCGGUGGUCCCGCCCGACGAGAGACACUGGAACGACCUCGCCAUGGAGUUCUACUAUACCAGGUCCAUCCCGGAUCACAAAAGAAUAGUGAAACUCCGAGGAUCGUUUAUAGAUCAAUCGUACGGCGGAGGGUUCGGUCUUGGAUCCGCGGUCCUUCUGAUCUCGGAUCGAUUGAGCCGCGAUCUGUAUUGCGGGAUCCGCGCUGGUUUGUCCUGGACCGAGAGAAUACAGAUUGCCAUCGACGUGUUGGAAGGGAUUCGAUAUCUUCAUUCCCAAGGGCUCGUUCAUCGAGACAUCAAGCUGAAGAACGUUCUCCUCGACACCGAGAACAGGGCCAAGCUGACCGAUUUAGGGUUCUGCAUAACCGAGGCGAUGAUGUCCGGCAGCAUUGUUGGGACGCCCGUUCACAUGGCGCCAGAACUGCUAUCUGGCCAUUACGAUAGCAGCGUCGAUGUCUAUGCAUUCGGCAUCCUGUUCUGGUACAUUUGUGCUGGCCACGUGAGGAUACCUCACGCUUUCGAACAGUACAACAACAAAGAACAAUUGUGGACCAGCGUCAAGAGAGGAAUUCGACCCGAACGAUUACCUUCCUUCGACGACGAGUGUUGGAAGUUGAUGCAACAAUGUUGGUCCGGUGAGCCGUCGAAGCGACCCCUGCUCGGUGCAAUUCUGCCAGUAUUAGAGUCGAUUCAGCAGAAAGCAGAAAAAGGCAAGUCCUUACGAGAACUCAACACAUUGAAGCUACCAGAAAGUCCGGCAUCAAACUUGAAAAAUCCUGCACUCUCAUUAGCAGAGCCUUACAAUCAGAGGGGGGCUGUGACUAGUCCGCACCCGGCGAAACGCAGAACAAUGAAAACUGUGAAACAUCCGAUCUUUCAUAUCACGAAUCUCUUUCAAGCGAGUCUCUGCUCGAAUCUCUACGUACAAAUGCGGGAAUUCUGAAAUCUGUUUUUGAUACGAUGACUACCGACAACGUUUUUUUUAUUAUUCUUUUUUUUUUUUUAAUAAUCUGACAAUACUUAAAACGUGUUUGAAAAACACUCUCGCGCGGCUUAUUUUCUACUGCAUACAAUUGACGUUCAUCUCCAUAGUAUUCUUGCAGUAUUAAAUUGACAAUAAUUCUUUUAAAAAGAUCCUCUCCUCGAGUAGUAACAUGCUCGAUUGUUCGGUGACGUAUGUAGAUACGAACGGUUAUUAAAAAUGUAAAUACAACGAAGGAUGGCGUAUAUAUAUACAAAUAUAUUUUUUUUGUUUAUAUUAGACCGUAAGGCGGUUCCGAUGUUUCGAUAAAUGUCUUUGGCAUAUGUAACUAGUGGGACAACGAACAAAUUUCAAACUAGACAAUAACUAACUGUACAUACAUUGCACUAGUUACAUAUGUUAACCUUCUACGUGGUUGCGAUGAAGAUAAUGUUAUUGUUAGCAAAAAGCCAAAAAGAUAACGAAAUCGAAAAAUUGUAUGUUCAUUACUAAAGAAUAAAUAAAGAUAACCCCCUUUUCUAUUUAUCGUUUAAACGGUGCUACAAUGUUCUUUCAUAAUAUAACAGAAAAAUACGAAUCUCGGAUCUCUGAAUCGUCGAAGACGCUAUUUUCUAUCGUAUGUGUGAUUCAUAAAGUAUUUAUGUUUUCAGAUGACAGAUUCUGCCAUUCAGAAACCGCAUGAAUCUCCGAAUGGGUGUUAACAAAUUUUUAUUACGAUUUAAAUGUCCCACGAGAAAUAUAUUUCGAUUGUAUUUUACAAUUGGACGUGCCAAAUAUAUUCUUGAUCACCGAAACAGGUGUCAGGAGAACGUAUCAUUUAUUUUGAAACGUAAACAGGUAAAGUAAUCUCUCAAGGUACGAAUUCCUCGCCGAAGAAACAAACGGGUAUUGUAAUCGCGAAUUUUCGAGAACAAUACUUCGUCGUUGUGUACACUGCAAAACUUUUAUAGUAAAGAAAUGCUAUUUUUUUACGAACUAGUAUUACUACCGACAUAAGUAUUAAUCGAUUAUAAGCGUUAUACGAUCGUCAAUUAACAAUAAAACACCGCAGGAUCUACCAUGUUCAUGUACAUACGCAAAUACAACUUUAUUUUUUAUACGGACAUCGAACUAUACAAAUAUGUGUAGAAAAAUAAAAUGCUCAUGAACAAG